AUGACUUGGUAUUACUACAUGGUGCUGAGGUUUCGCGAAACGUACGAUUCCCUAAGUCCUUAUAUUGGACUCAGAGAGCCAAGAGCGGAUAGUAUCACCAUGGAAGCGGAUACUGGUUUUAUUCUAGGCAUCGUCUCAUCCGUUUUGAGCUUCAUUGGCGGAUUCUUGAUGAUAUCUGGAUCACUCUUUCGAAAAAACGAUCAUCUCAAGCACAUCUUACGAGACAGACAGUCCGACAGAGAGUACGCUGACGCUCCUCACAAUGAAGGUUUUCAAAAUCCAGCUAUGGACGAAGAGCUCAACGAAGAUGUCUUCGGCGGAGACUAUAUUCCUUCGAUGACGACUAAUUUCGACAGAAAUUAUGACGUCUUCAUUCCGAGUGGUCUUGUCGAGGAUCACGAUUAUGUAAAUGUCCACCCAAACAAUCAUAAUCUGAGAAUGAGUUUUAAUCAAUCAAAUCUGUAA